AACAAACUAGGUAUCGUCUUCUAGGGUUUUAAGGUUUCCGCACAAUUCACAUUCUCUCACUCUCAACCUAAACAGCAUAUCAUCAUCAUGACUACCGAAGAGAAAGAGAUCCUCGCCGCCAAAUUGGAAGAACAGAAGAUAUAUCUUGAUAAGCCUGAAGUUGAGGACGCUGAUGACAAUGAUGAGGAUGACUCUGACGAUGAUGACGAUGCUGAGGGACAAGAGGGAGAGACCGGAGGCAAGUCAAAGCAAAGCAGAAGUGAGAAGAAGAGUCGCAAAGCUAUGCUGAAGCUCGGAAUGAAACCCAUCACUGGUGUCAGCCGUGUCACCGUCAAAAAGAGCAAGAAUGUCAUGUUUGUCAUAUCAAAACCUGAUGUGUUCAAGAGCCCUGCAUCGGACACAUACGUGAUCUUCGGAGAGGCCAAGAUCGAGGACUUGAGCUCGCAGAUCCAGUCUCAAGCUGCAGAGCAGUUCAAGGCUCCGGAUCUCAGCAGCAUGAUCUCAAAGGGUGAGUCGUCGUCCAGCGCUGCAGUGGUGCAGGAUGAUGAUGAGGAGGUCGACGAGGAAGGUGUUGAGCCAAAGGACGUUGAGUUGGUGAUGACUCAAGCAGGUGUGACUAGGCCAAAGGCUGUUAAGGCGCUCAAGGCUGCUGAUGGAGAUAUCGUCUCUGCCAUCAUGGAGCUUACCACCUAAACUCAAAAUCUUUUCAACUUAGGUGUGGCUUAAAUCGAGUUAUGUCCCCGAGAUUGUGUCAAAAAGGAUUCGAAAUUUUUUGUUUUCAUGUUUUCUUUGAGUGAUUUUCAUUGUUGUAUUAGUAUAAACCUCGUAAAUUAUUGAAUUUCAGUUUGAUAUGCUCCUCA